UGUUUUGAUCGUGUUACAUAUACGUAGUUUCUGUCUGCCGAAGCUAGUGGUAAUUUUCGAUUUUCAGUCAGAAAAUAGCCGGAUUAGGGAAAAAUCAGUUGCCGUGUGUAACAGCGUUAUCCGAUAAUAUUAGAGCAGAACUUGUUGAUUUUUGGUAUGUACAAGAUAAGCCGCUAGUUGUGUGACAUCAAUAGUUUGAAACAAAUCCGUUCGAUUGUGAUUCACCCAGAAGGCACGCUGACUAAGUUUCCAUACGUCAUAGCUGCGACUAAGCCUCUGGAUGUGCGGUGUUGUCACCUGUGCUGCUCCAACGAGCCAUCGGCACCUGAAAUGAGCAGCCAAAGUCACAAGAUGUCCGGACCGCACCAGUCGACUGCCAGCAAACCGGUGAGCGAAGAGAUAGCUCUGACGGCUCAAUUUAGCGAACAGAUGGCUCAACUCUGCAUGUCGAACGAUUAUUCCGAUGUGACGUUCAUAGUCGAGAAUGAAAAGUUACCGGCGCAUCGGGUUAUUCUGGCCGCGCGGAGUGAAUACUUUCGGGCUCUUCUGUACGGUGGUUUGUCGGAGUCGCAUCAAGAUGAAAUUCACCUGAAGAUCCCGUUGAAGGCGUUCAAAGCGCUGCUGAAAUAUAUUUACUCCGGAAAUAUGUCCCUUGCGCAGAUGAAGGAAGAAAACAUACUCGAUACGUUGGGUUUAGCUAAUCAGUACGGAUUCACCGAUCUGGAAAUUGCCAUCUCGGAUUACCUCCGGCAGGUUUUAUCGCUGAAUAAUGUGUGCGCAAUUCUAGAUGCCGCCAAAUUGUUUGGUCUCGAUGGACUGAUUAACGUCUGCCAUUCAUUUCUGGAUCGGAAUGCGGGCGAAAUUCUGCAACACGAAACCUUCAAGAGUCUGUCGGAAGAAUCGAUUUGCAGUCUGUUGAUGAGGGAUUCUUUUUUUGCGCCGGAAGUACAGAUUUUUCAGGCGGUUGAUGAAUGGAGCAAGUACAACGGAGAGGGCGUCAAUGUCGAAGCGGUCGUUUCGAAGGUUCGUUUUUCGUUAAUGACACUGGAACAGUUACUGCAUGUCGUGCGGCCGUCCGGUAUAUUGGAUCCGGAUCAUCUGUUGGAUGCGAUCGCCGAUAAAACAGCAUCCACUCAGCUACCGUACCGAGGCGCGUUGUGGCCAGAAGAGAAUGUAGCCUGUAAGGAGUUCAGUUCGCGUACCGUUCAAGGCGAGUACAGACCGGCAUUACUGGAUGGCGAUACGAACUCGUACGACAUGGACAAAGGUUACACGCGGCAUUCGAUCAGCGAUACAGGCGUUUCGCCGGGAAUCAUUGUUCAGCUCGGGAAAAUGUUCAUAAUUAAUCACAUUAAAAUUCUUCUGUGGGAUCGGGAUACGAGGUCAUACUCGUACUAUGUGGAAGUUUCGGUUGAUCAAGCGAACUGGGAACGGGUAGUAGAUCAUACAGAUUACUUUUGUCGAUCGUGGCAGUUCCUGUACUUUCCGUCGCGGGCCGUUCGCUAUAUUCGGCUAGUUGGAACUCACAAUACGGUCAACAACAUAUUCCAUGUGGUCGCUUUGGAAGCGAUGUACACUGAGAAAACGAUUCCGGUAGUGAAUGGCAUCGUCGCGCCCCACUCGAACGUGGCUACGGUGGAUCGAAGUGCUACCGUAGUGGAGGGAGUGAGCCGCACCCGAAACGUGCUGUUGAAUGGUGAUGUGAAAAAUUACGAUUGGGAUUCGGGAUACACAUGUCAUCAGCUGGGCAGUGGAGUAAUUUUGGUUCAGCUCGGUCAACCGUACUGGAUCGGUUCAUUGCGACUGUUGCUGUGGGACUGUGAUGAACGGUCGUACAGUUUUUACAUCGAAACUUCAACCAAUUUGAAACAAUGGGAUAUGGUUGUCGAUAAGAAAAAUGAACUGCUGAAAUCCUGGCAACACUUCACAUUUGACCCGAAAAUUGUUGUGUACAUCAAAAUAGUCGGAACUCACAACACAGCCAAUGAGAUUUUCCACUGUGUACACUUCGAGUGCCCAUCGCAGGAUCCAAAGUACGUCAAGAAUAAUAUGCGCGACGGAAUGCUUCUUCUGGGGUUGACGGGAAGUUCCUUACAGCCGGCCAUAGCAGGUAGCAGUGCACUGGCGGCAUCGGCAUCAGCAAGUCCCGAAACAACCGAACCACAACCCAGUACAAGUCGGGAAAGUACUGUCUCUACUCGGGAACUUGUGGAUUGAGAAUUGCCGAUAAUUUUUCUAAUUGAAAAACUGUCACUGUUAUUUUAGUCGAAAUGGAAACGGAAAACGAUAACUUAUUUUUACUUAGCUACCAGCACAGUUCAUCACGUUUUAUGCAGAUUUAUGUCUAUAAAAUAUUGCUCGAAAUUUAAAAACUUUUAAAAUAUUUGAAGACAAACAUUACAUAAUGUAUUAGUUUGCUUUCUCUUUCGCCUUUUGCGGUACUACCGUCAAUCCUUUCUUCUGAUUCGUUUCAUAGAAUUAUUAUUAAAAUCACAAACUUUCGAACUGAACGUAAGAAAUUAUUGAAAGAGAAAGUAAACAAAACGAAACUGCACGUCGAUCCAUUUCUAAUGCUUGUCGAAAUUUAUUUGUCAAAUUUUGAUAAUGGCUUCUAUUAUUCAAGAAUGCACUGUAAUUCAAAGGACUUUGAAAAAGUUUUUCUUGAAGGAUAACUAUAUAUUCAAACAUACUUGUCACUAGAUGUCAAGUACAUUACGAUUACUUGUAUAUUUUAUUUAUUUUUACACAUCGACUGUUUCGAUGAUAUUUUAUCAUAAAGAAUGAGGAAAUAAAUUAUGUUUAUUCGAUUCAAUUUA